CAGCUUCAGUGGAUCCAAUGAGCGGACGCCGCGUUCUGGGCCCAUUGCAGAAGGCAAGCCGGUGAUAAGGGCGACUGAGAAAGUGUGAACGCAAGAUCCUGUAUGUAUUUGCUCACAGCUGGUUUACAAAUAUCAGAAGAUAAUUGGCAGUUUCGGUCGUAUUUGGAUAAGAAAGCCCAUCAUGGCAAGGAUAAAGCUUCCAUUUGCUGCUCUGUUGUGUCUUUUUCUUGGAAUGUUGCCAUCUAAAACAGAGGCCGUGGCUGUCAUGUCAGUAGAUCUAGGGAGCGAGUGUAUGAAGAUGGCCAUCGUUAAACCUGGUGUGCCAAUGGAGAUUGUUCUCAACAAAGAGUCGAGGAGGAAAACACCUGCAGUCGUAUGUCUCAAGGAAAAUGAAAGACUUUUCGGUGACAAUGCAUUAGGAGUGUCUGUGAAGAACCCCAAAACUGUCUAUCGACACCUGCAAAAUCUCAUGGGCAAGAAGCACAACAACCCCCAGGUAGUCCUUUACCAGAAACGCUUCCCUGAGCACCAGCUGCAAGUUGACGCAGAGAGAGAUACAGUUUACUUCAAAGACUCAGAGAAAUUUCAGUACAAACCAGAAGAGCUCCUUGGGAUGAUGCUCAAUUAUUCUUGUGGACUGGCUCAGGACUUCGCAGAACAGCCUAUCAAAGAUGCAGUCAUCACAGUGCCGGCGUUUUUCAACCAGGCCGAACGGAGGUCAGUCAUGCAGGCGGCACAGUUGGCAGGUCUGAAGGUCCUCCAGCUCAUCAAUGACAACACAGCCGUGGCCUUAAAUUACGGGGUCUUCAGGAGGAAAGAUAUUGACAGCACAGGCAAGAAUGUGAUGUUUUAUGAUAUGGGCUCAGGGAGCACAACUUGCACCAUUGUCACAUAUCAGACUGUGAAAACAAAGGAUUCUGGGACCCAGCCACAGUUGCAGAUCCGAGGUGUUGGGUUUGAUCGUGGGUUGGGUGGAUUUGAGAUGGAUUUGCGCCUCCGGGAUCAUUUGGCAAGGCUGUUCACAGAGCAGAAGAAGACCAAGAAAGAUGUGCGGGAGAACCACCGUGCCAUGGCCAAGCUCCUCAAGGAGGCACAGCGGCUGAAAACCGUGCUUAGCGCAAAUGUAGAAUUCAUGGCCCAGGUGGAAGGUUUGAUAGAUGAAAUUGACUUCAAGGCCAAGGUGACCAGAGCCGAGUUUGAAGAGCUGUGUGCUGAUUUGUUUGAGAGAGUUCCCGGACCCGUGCAGGAUGCCCUCGCUGCUGCCGAAAUGAAUCUGGAUGAAAUUGAACAAGUGAUUUUAGUCGGUGGAGCAACCCGUGUUCCUAAAGUUCAGGAAGUGUUGCUCAAAGCAGUUGGGAAAGAGGAGUUGGGUAAAAACAUCAACGCGGAUGAGGCCGCAGCCAUGGGGGCAGUAUACCAGGCUGCUGUACUCAGUAAGGCUUUCAAAGUCACACCAUUCCUGGUCCGAGAUGCAGCUGUUUUCCCUAUUCAGGUGGAGUUCACUCGUGAGGUUGAGGAAGAAGGCUCCAAAACCUUGAAACACAACAAACGUAUCCUCUUUCAGAGGAUGUCGCCCUACCCUCAGCGAAAGGUCAUCACAUUUAACCGCUACACCGACGACUUUGCUUUCAACAUAAACUAUGGAGACCUCAACUUCCUGUCGCAGGAAGACCUCAGUGUGUUUGGAUCACUCAACCUGACAACAGUCAAGCUUUCUGGAGUGGGCAGCAGCUUUCAGAAGCACACAGAUGCAGAGUCUAAGGGCAUCAAAGCCCACUUCAACAUGGAUGAAAGUGGAAUCCUCCAACUGGAUCGGGUAGAGUCUGUAUUUGAAACUGCUGUGGAGGAAAAGGAGGAGGAAUCGACAUUAACGAAACUGGGUAACACAAUUUCCACAUUGUUUGGAGGAGGAUCCUCCGAACCUGCUCCAAAUGUGACGGAACCUGUCCAGGAUGAAGAGGAGGUUCCUACAGAGCCUGGAAUUGAUGGCAGGGAUGAGAAUGGAAAGGAGGAGACUGAAAAAAUGGAGGCUACCAAGGAGGAAUCGGCGAAAAGUACCACAGAAGAGGAAAGCCAGAAGACCGAGGAUGCAGGUUCCAUGACUGAUGACAAGGAGGAAAAGGACACUGAAAAGAAAUCUACAACAGAAAAGCAUGUGGAAAAGGUGGCAAAACCCCAAAAGAAGACCAAGAUCUCUGAGGACAUCACCAUUGAAGUCAUCCUCAACGAUGUCUUGGAUCCCACAGCUGAUGAUCUCGCUGCCUCCAAAAAGAAGCUGCAGGACUUGACUGAUCGAGACCUGGCCAAACAAGAAAGGGAAAAGAUGCUCAACAGCCUCGAAGCUUUUAUCUUUGAAACACAAGACAAGUUAUACCAGGAGGAUUACCAGCUGGUGGUGACUGAAGAGGAGGGGGAACAGAUGUCCUCCAAACUGAGUGAAGCGUCAGCAUGGAUGGACGAAGACGGCUACUCUGCCACCACCAAGCAACUGAAGGAGAAGCUUUCUCAGCUGAAAACGAUGUGCAAGGACAUGUUUUUCAGAGUGGAGGAGCGUCGCAAGUGGCCAGACCGCCUUGCCGCCCUGGACACAAUGCUCAACACCUCCAACUUCUUCCUGCGGAGCGCGAAACUAAUUCCAGAAGAUGACCAAAUUUUUACUGAAGUUGAGCUGAACAUGUUGGAAAAAGUGAUAAAUGAGACAGUGACAUGGAGAAAUGAGACUGCAGCUGAACAGGAGAAACGCUCUCCAAAAGAGCGUCCAGUACUGCUCUCCAAAGACAUUGAAGCAAAGCUUUCCCUGCUGGACAGAGAAGUCAACUAUCUGCUCAACAAGGCCAAGUUCGCCAAGCCGAAGUCUAAAGCCAAGGCCAAGAAUACCACCAGCUCUGAUAAGAGCAGCAAGACCAACGGCACGGCCGAAGAAAAAAUCAUCCCUCCCACUGAGGAAAGCGGAGACAAAAAGACGGAAAAUGUCGAAGAGGAGCCGUUAGGCAAUCUCCCACCCACCGAGGAAGGCACCGAUCAGACAGAAUCUGAUAGCCAACCACAGCUCACAGACGAAUCGACUACAGGAACAACAGAGAAUGUCAAACACGAGAACCACCUAGAAGAUGAAUUGUAACAACUGGAACUGGCAAAUGACUUACCACGAUAUUUAUUGACAGUGUACAUUUUUCUGAUGUGGAAAUGUUGAACAGCUGGAGGUGGAUUGGUUCCGUUUUGAACGGGGAGGAUUUGUCUUUCCCCCCCUGCUUUUCCUCACGUGUUGGGACUAUCAAGAGUAUCCGCGUCAUACGAUGAUGAAGACGUAGAAUUAACGUUUUUGGGGGUUUUUUUGUUCAUUUUGUGGAGGGUUUGUCAUCUGCGCUGUAUUUUUUUUUUCCCCCCCACAUUGAGAAUGAUUUGUCUUCUCUUCCCCCCCCACCCCUCUUUUCCUUACACGUUGGUUUGUCUUUUUCAGCACCGAAUACUUGAUGAUGAUGAAUUAACAGUUAAAAUUUUUGUGUUUUGGGGGGGGGGGGUCCUCUGCACUGUGUUUUUAUCCAUAUCCCUGUCAUGUCAUGUUUGCAUUCCCCCACAGACCCCCACGCCCCCUCAAGAAGAAAAUAUUUUUCACCCAAGCGUGUCAGCAUCAGUCAGUCGCUUCAAAGAAAAAGGCAAUUGUCAAACAUGAAACCAUUGUUUUACAUCCAAGGUUGACGGCACAUAGUUUAUUCAAACAAAAUCGGUCCAAUCGGCCGUUGCUUUUACUGUUCUUUGCUCUUCCAUACAAAUGAAGAGGAGCCAGGUACGCUCCGCUCCGUAGGGGAAAAACCUGUUGGAUUUCUGGCAGCCAGUGAAGACAUUUGUAAUAAACAUGAUGUAAUAAAACGUGUUUUCUUUGCUCGUUAAGCGUGGCAGUACAGUCAACCCGUGCUCUCAGUGACCAUUACGUUCCUGGACUACCGGUGAAUGAAAAAUCCUCACAUGAAUUUUAAUGCAUAAAAUAAACAAGUAAUCAUUGACAAUGUAUGAUGAUAAUGGAAUUAGUGUCAUAGUGAAGUUGCCCAUUGGCAUCUCCAUGGUGCAUUUUGGAGAAACUUUUUUUAUUUUACUUUUUGACCAAGAAUCCUGCAAACAGGGCAAUGAACACUGAAUCCCGAAUGUGCAGGGAUCCACUGUAGAACAUGGGGAAGAUAUUUUGCGACUUGAAAUUGCGUCCAAAUGCCUGCACCAAUGCUUGCUGACUGCACUGAUGCCAAUUCGAGCGUCGGGCAAUCUGCCUCCAAAUCAUUUGUUUAAGCUGUGCGGGUCUUUCAGCAAGGAAGAGGAUACUCCAGUAGCUCACUGAUAGUGAUAGAAGCUUGACUUGUCACAUGGAUACCAUAGAUUUCUAAAUGUGCAGGGUGAACGUUUGAAUGUCUACAAACGACUGCUGCUCUUCUGCUUAACGGUGGCCCUCAAAGACAUGGGGAAAAAAAAUAGCUAGCUGCUCCUUUCAGUGUCUACGAUACUUUCAGUUAUGACUUUACAAAGUACACCAUACUGACAAAGUGGCACAAAUAGAUUCUGAUGGCUUGCUUGGACUAUUGGAAAACACUUGGCUUGCAGGGAAUUACUUUUAAAGUUAGUGGGUUACAUGUCAAUGCUGUCUAAAUUGUAUUUGGGAACUCCAUUCAAGCUUGACUAAAUAAAGACUGAUGACACA